UCCAAGGUCGAAGCCGCCGGCCGCUCACCCUCCGCGAGGCUCUGACGGACGGCGCACUUCCCAGGCUCGCGCGCACUCCCCGCCAACGGCUACCCAUCGCAGUCAGCCUCCCAGGCAUUGGGCCCGCAGCGACUCCAGCCUGCAGGCCCAGAGGCACAGUCGCUCUCCCAGUCCCCGAGGGGACAAGAGACACCUGCAGCGCGGCAAUCCCCUACACCUGUGAGGCCCCCUAAGUCCGCAAGGCCCCCUACACCUGCAACCUCCCUUCACCUACAAGAUCCCUGCACCUGCAAGGCCCCCUACACCUGCAACUUCCCUACACCUGCAAUCUCCCUACACCUGCAACCUCCAUACGCCUGCAACCUCCUUUCACCUACAAGAUCCCUAAACCUGCAACCUCCCUACACCUGAGUGAGCCUCACCCCGGCUGAGGCGCUGGCAGAAGGCGGUGCGGGUGGAGCCUUCGCCAACGUCCUGGGCCCCCUGAGUGCUGCAUGCCAGUCCUAUCAGCCGCUCGGUCAUCUGCCACCGCCCAGCAAUGGCUUCAGCAUGCAGUCCCUGCUAGGGGACUCCAGGGAGGAGCAUCCUGGCCAGGGCUGGUGCCACAGAGCAGCCCAGCUUCUGCAGGCAGCUGCUGCAUUCAGCACAGGUGAGACAUCGGCUGCCAUCAUCACCACACAUUCCAGCGUCAUCACCACACGUCCCAACGUCAUCACCACACAUCUCAGUGAUGCCGUCAUCACCACACAUUCCAGCGUCAUCACCACACAUUCCAGCGUCAUCACACGUCCCAACGUCAUCACCACACAUCUCAGUGAUGCCAUCAUCACCACACAUUCCAGCGUCAUCACCACACAUUCCAGCAUCAUCACCACACGUCUCAGCGUCAUCACCACACGUCCCAGCGUCAUCACCACACAUCUCAAUGUCAUCACCACACAUCCCAGCGUCACCACCACACAUCCCAGCGUCAUCACCACACAUCUCAAUGUCAUCACCACACAUCUCAGUGAUGCUGUCAUCACACGUCCCAGCGUCAUCACCACACGUCCCAGCGUCAUCACCACACGUCCCAGUGUCAUCACCACACAUCUCAAUGUCAUCACCACACAUCUCAGUGAUGCCGUCAUCACACGUCUCAGCGUCAUCACCGCACGUCCCAGCGUCAUCACCGCACGUCCCAGCGUCAUCACCGCACGUCUCAGCGUUAUCACCGCACGUCUCAGCGUCAUCACCGCACAUCCCAGCGUCAUCACCGCACAUCUCAAUGUCAUCACCACACAUCUCAGUGAUGCCGUCACCACACGUCCCAGCGUCAUCACCACACGUCCCAGAGUCAUCACCGCACGUCCCAGCGUCAUCACCACACAUCUCAGCGUCAUCACCGCACAUCCCAGCGUCAUCACCGCACAUCUCAAUGUCAUCACCACACAUCUCAGUGAUGCCGUCAUCACACGUCCCAGCGUCAUCACCGCACGUCCCACCGUCAUCACCGCACGUCCCAGCGUCAUCACCGCACGUCCCAGCGUCAUCACCGCACGUCCCAGCGUCAUCACCACACAUCUCAGCGUCAUCACCACACGUCCCAGCGCCACAACUCACUAGUUUUGCUUUUCCUUAAUCUCUAUUUCUGCUUGAUUUAAUAAUCGCAUACCAAUUCCUUUUUACAAAUUAGAACUUCGUAGAGAAUAGUUCUAGUAUCUUGCGUAACUGGAUAUGAACACCAUAAAAAGCCUCAACACCAGUGGGCAACCUAUUCUCACUCAUCAGAGAACUCGGAGACACAGAAACAGAAAACCAAAACAAGACCAGCCUCCUGAGGAAGGAGUAACAACUGCUCUCGGCUUCUUUCAGUGCCACAGGGCCGGCUGCGUGUGCCCGGGCCACAGGAAGGCACUUACCCAGCAU